AUGAGUGCGUUCAACUCAAACCCGCUGCCGCAGCAGCAGCAAGAUGCCGGUGUUACGGCCACAGAUGUUGAAAAGCAAGUGGAAAGCGACACCACAUCAUCCGGAGAUGACAGCCAGCAGCCACAAAUAGCAUGGGACGACCCUCGCGAGAUGCGAAAUCCCAGGAACUGGAGCACCGCUAUGCGGAUCCUUCACACCGCAAUCCCUUGUUUUCUUGCUUUUGAAAUCACCUUCGCGACGUCGAUAACCGUGCCAGCGUCGACGCAUAUCAUGCAGGAAUUCUCAGUCUCUCGCACUCGCUCCAUCCUCCCCUUGACCCUCUACACUCUCGGGCUCGGCUUCGGGCCCCUUUUCAUGGCCCCUUUCUCCGAGGUCUUUGGCCGCAAGCCCCUCUACGCCGUCUCCUGCACGUUUCUCCUCGCGUUCCUCGGCGGCUCCUCCGCCGCGACAACGUUCUCCGCGCUCCUCGCGUGUCGUUUCCUGGCGGGGACGCUAGGCUCGGCGGGGAUAGCCGUUGGCGCUGGCACGAUCGCCGACGUGUGGGAGCUCGGAAAGGGCGCGGCCGCAUCGUUGCUGUUCAUUCUCGGCCCGUUUCUGGGACCCACACUCGGUCCGUUGGCCGGGGCGUAUGUCUUGGAAGAUAGGGACGGCGACUGGCGGUGGACGCAGUAUGUCCUCCUCAUGGUCGGUGCCCCGAUUUGGGUGGGGAUACUGUUGAUGAGGGAGACGUCAAAGUCUUGGAUCUUGCGGAAGGAGAACGGGGAACCGACGGUGACCCUCAGCCGCCUCGGGGGUCUCGCCAAGACAGCUGUCAUGAGACCGACUGAAAUGCUCUUUACGGAGAUCAUUGUCUCGUCUCUGGCCCUCUAUACAGCCUACGCGUACGCGAUGAUCUUCAGCUACUUCGCCAGCUCCUCUUACGUUCUUCAGCGUUACUACGGAUUCAACCUCCGCCAAGUAGGGUUGAGUUUCAUCAGCGUCGUUAUUGGGUACAUAUUAGCUGCCUUCGUAUAUAGGUUCCUCGAUGCUAGAUGUCGGAUGCCUGCCGUGCGGGCUGGCACAGCUACACCAGAGCAGCGGCUGUAUGUUGCUCUUGUGGGAAGCGUUUUAAUCCCUGUUGGGUUGUUCUGCUUAUAUCACAACACACACCCCUAG